AUGACGUUGAAGGAGGAAUUCGCAACGAGGAACUUCAGCAUUUACGGGCAAUGGCUCGGUGUGCUGUCGAUACUCCUCGGCUUUGCGCUCGGAAUCGCCAACAUCUUCACGUUUAACGUCUUCAUCAUCAUCUUCUGCGCUCUGUUACUCACAUCCGUCCUCAUCAUCAUCUUCAUCGAGAUCCCGCUACUGCUGCGCAUCUGCCCCACGUCGAGCACGUUCGACGGCUACGUGCGCAUGAUCUCGACCAACUACACGCGCGCGGGCGCCUACGGCGUCAUGGCCCUGAUCCAGUGGCUCAGCAUCAUUGCGCGGGCCACCUCCCUCAUCGCAGAGGCCAUCGUCCUGUCCGCUGCCGCCCUCUGCUACCUGGCCGCCGGCAUCAAGGGCCAGGCGUUCGUCGGGUCCAAGACCCUGGGCGGCGCGGGCGUGGCGCAGAUGAUCGUAUGA